UCAAAUGGGUUGACAUCCUAUUAUAGAUGAUUAACUUUACACUUUAUAAGCCACGUUCAUAUUCCAAGUUUAACACUGCUCUUAUGAAAGAUGGACACUUUCACAUCAAUCGAGUGGCUGACACAGAUUGCAACACUGGUAAUGUUCGCAGCCGGCAUACCACCAUGCUGGCACAUGUAUAAAACUGGUAAUACAAGAGGAGUGCCGUACUACUUCUUCCUGCUAGGUGGAAUCAAUAACAUCAUGGCAGUGUACUAUGGCAUUUUGAUAAACAACUCUGUCAUCCUGUUUCUGAACAUUGUGGGCACAGUUCUGAAUGGCAUGUAUUCCUUCACAUACAUCUAUGUGGCUCAUUCAAAGAAAAGUGCCUUGUUUCAGUUGAUGUUGGGGGCCGGUUGGUUGAUAGGCCUGGCCUAUUACCUGACAGUCUUUGUCGAGUCCCCACAAACGGUAACCUAUCAGUUAGGCCUGAUUCUCUGCCUCAUCACCACAGUACUCCUUACAUCACCUGUUUUUGAAAUCUUGGACUGCAUUAAGCAGAGAAGCGUAGCUGAUAUGUCCGUGGCGAUGUUGUUUGGAGGUCUUGUCUGUAGUGCUCUCUGGUUAUUUUACGGCAUGCUCCUGGGAGAUUUUUUCAUAUAUGCGCCAAACUUUCCAGGAGUGGCAACUGGUGUGGGUAAACUAGUACUGUUGGUCAACUACGGGGGAGGGGAAAAGACAGAAAAAACAAGCAAGAAGCUGAAUUAAUACUGGAAAUCACCUAAUCUGCAUCUAUUUGUGAAUUUAUUUUAUUUGAAGAGAUUUUAUUUGAAAGCCCAUCCCCAGAGAGGAUGAAAAAUAUAUUUUUACUCUAAAAAAUUAACUUCUAAUAUUGUUCUGGAUUAAGUGGUUUCUGUUUUCUCAAAGUUUAAAGUUUUUAUGAAAUGUUCUUUGCAAAGCAUGUUUUGACUGUUGUUAACUACACGUGUAUGGUGUACGUCUAGUUUGUAUUCUUAUGCUGCACAGGAGGAACUGUAUGAUAAACAGAUGACCUUAU